GCCAGUGGCUCAGAACUAGAGAAAGAAAAAAGCUAUCAGCGAGACAGCAACAUGGGUUGUACCAAUGUUUGGAGUAGUAAUUUGGUUGAAGAAUUUCGAAAGCUUAACAAUUGUCUUAAUGAUUAUCGAGUUGUAUCAUUUGAUACUGAGUUUCCGGGGUUUCUUGUGAGUUCGCCCCGAGAUUGUGGAGAUGUUCGAAGAUACGCUGACUUAAAGUGUAAUGUCGACGCUAUGAAUAUGCUUCAAUUAGGAUUAACUCCAUCGAACAUGGAAGGCGAGAUUGGCGGAACCUGGCAGUUUAAUUUCUUUUUCAGCAGGGACCUUCAUGUUUAUUCUCAAGAUUCCAUCGUGUUCUUGGAGAAGUCUGGUAUCGAUUUUGUAAGACUCGAGACGGACGGCAUUGAUUUACAAGAGUUUUCGACAUUGUUUACCGCUCUUUUAAGCCGUCAUCGUGAUUUACUUUGGGUGAAUUUUCACGGCUUAUACGAUUUAGGUUAUCUAGUCAAGCUUUUGAGCAACGACUUAUUACCCGAAUCCAUUACGGACUUCACUCGACUUAUCGGAGAAUGCUUUGGCAGCAUGGUCGAUGUAAAGUAUAUGGCUAGGUUAUGUAACGGUUUGCUCGAAGGCGAGUUAAGUCUUGAAAAGCUGGCUAACAUACUUGGAGUCGAACGGGUCGGAGGAGCGCAUCAAGCGGGUUCUGAUAGUUCAUUAACUUGUUUAGUUUUCAACAAUAUUCUGAUGACUUACAAUGAAAUUCAGCCAGCUGAGUACCUUGGACAUCUCUACAGUAUUCAGUCAAGAAUUUGCAGGUCGCAGCAGCAGCAGCAGCCUCUAGUCCAUUUUCAGCCUCCACCAAACACUCUAGCCCGAGUUCAGCUUCCAAGAAAUAUCGUAUGUUUCCGUGCUGUGCCGCGUCCCACUGUUCCCAUUUUUUGUAGUCCUUAUGGGAUGCGCAGAGUUCAAAUGAAGCCGGUGCACACGGUUCAUAGGCUACUAUUUUAGAUUUUUGUCUAUUAUUGUAAUCUGCAUUUAUUAUUAGAAAGUUUAUUAAUCUGUCUGUUAUAUAAAAAGUUAAUAUUGCUCAUCAAA